AUGAUUUCUGUGGUUGCAGGGGCUCUAUCUAGCAAGAGGACAUUGGAUGAGUGGAGGAAAGUAGCUCAAAGUGUGAGUUCGUUAGUAAAUCUUGAUGAUUAUCAACGCUGCUCAGGAGUGCUCGCUUUGAGCUACAAUCAUCUUCCGUCUCAUUUGAAAGCUUGCUUUCUGUAUUUUGGAGUUUUCCCGAAAGCAAGUGAGAUUUCUGUGAAGAAGUUGAUUAGAUUAUGGGUUGCCGAAGGAUUCCUAGAGCUGAAGGGGUUUGAGGGAUUGGAAAAAGUGGCUACUAAUCUUUUAAGUAAUCUUAUUGAUAAAAGUCUAGUUGUUGUUGGCAAGCGAAGUUUGAAUGACAAAAUCAAGACAUGUAGGAUUCAUGAUCUUCUGCACGAUUUAUGCUUGAGAGAGGCUGAAAGCGAGAAUCUCUUGCAUGUUACAGAAACGCCGGUGACUACAUAUGAAGGAUCUAGAAAGGAUUCCUCUCAAGUUCGUCGGUGGGUGUCAGUUUAUCCAAAGGACGGUAGGUUUUCUCCAAUCCGUUUUAAUUGUAGAAAAACACGUUCUCUUCAGGUUUAUUCCUACAUAACAGAGCAUUCUCGUUCUAAAUUAGGACUAAACCAUUUCAAACUUCUUAGAGUAUUGGAAUUGAAGACAAGUUGGUAUGAAUUCCCUAGUGAAGUAGUACACCUAGUUGCUUUAAGGUAUUUGGCUGUGAAGGUUUCUAGGAGUCCUAAAGAUCUACCAAUUUUCAAUCUUAAGAAUUUACAAACUUUUAUUUUUCCUCAAAAUAUGCCAGAAUACCAAGGGGUCAUAUAUUUGCCAAGUGAAAUUUGGGAAAUGUCUCAGUUGAGGCAUCUCCGGUCUACAAGGAUGUACUUAUAUUCUCCUCCUCCAAUGGUAUCAGAUAAUGAAGUUAAGUACCGGGCGUUGGAAAACUUGCAAAGUGUUUCUGGGUUGAUUCCUCGUUGUUGCACAAAAGAAAUAUUUGAAGGGAUUAAGAAGGUGAAAAAAUUGGGGAUUUAUGGAACUAAAGAUGAUUUUAAUAGUGAGCCUAGAUGCCUCGAGAAUCUAGUGGAUUUACAUGAGCUUGAGGCACUAACUAUUGUAUCAUACAGAAAAUUCAAAGCUGAUACGUUUCUUAGGCUUCCUUGUCCAGGUUCCUUUCCACCAAAUCUCAAGAAGCUGACACUUUGCUGCACUUUUUUACUGUGGAAGGACAUGACAAUCGUUAGCAUGCUGCCCAAACUCGAGGUACUCCAGUUGAGGAAUAAUGCCUUUGUACCAAACAUAGUCUGGGAAGUAACAGAGAUGCAAUUUCCUAAAUUGAAAUUCUUGCUCUUCGAGCAGUUGAAUAUUAGAUAUUGGAGAGCCACUGAUGAUUGUUUCCCAUGCCUCGAGCGUAUAAUUAUAAGAAAUUGCAGGUUUUUAAAAGAGAUUCCCCAAGAAUUUGCAGAUAGUAUGACACUGCAGCUAAUUGAGUUACAUCAAUGUUCUCCUUCCCUUGUGAAUUCUGCUGAGCUGAUCCAGAAAGAGCAAUUGGAGAGUUUGGGGAAUAACAUGCUUAAAGUUUAUGCCUUUGACACCAUUAAAUCCAAUAAAUUCAAUUCAACCGCACAGCCUUGGAUUGUCUUCACUCUUCAGUGGCUAAUCUUUGAUGCAUAUUUUAAUUUUCUCAAGAGCUGGUCACUGAAAAAUCGAGACUCGCCGCCACUCCAUAGCUGCUCUCGGCUUCCAUUUCCAAUAUCUCCACUACUUCAGACAGAGCUCGGGGAGCUGCAGUUCGGAGUUGUUUUUAAGGUCGAGGACGGCACCGGUGACCGGACUUGCUCGCCGGUGGUAAAACUUCUGCCGGUGACUCAACAGAGGAGAUGUAGUUAUCUCCUACAAAACGUUGUCAUAUCUUUUACUUUAACUACUCUUUACAGCUUGUUUGGAUUGUUAUUACGUGUUGUUUCAUAA